AUGGGCCUGCAGGAGCUGUGCCCCGGCCCCAACCAGGAGGCCCCGUGGGCGGCGAAGAGGCAGGCCUGGGCGGAGGAGCCGGUCACCCUGGAGGACGUGGCGGUGCGCUUCACCCCGGAGGAGUGGGCGUGUCUGGACGCCGGUCAGAGGGCCCUCUACCAGGAAGUCAUGGCCGAGACCCUCCGAACCCUGCUGUCUGUGGCCAGAACCGCCCCGUCUAAUGCAGCCCUGGCCGCCGAGCUGGAGGAAGAAGAGCAGCGCUGGAGAGCAGCCCUCCUUCCUGCAGGAGGUGAGGAGCAGCCCAGAGGCAGGGGCUCGGGCCCGAGCUCUUCCCCAGCGGGGCCCCUGGGCGGGACCCCCGAGCUGCCGGCGUCCGGGGCGCGGCCCCCCUUCCCCUGCUCGGUCUGCGGCAGGGGCUUCAGCAAGCGCUGCAGCCUGCGCCACCACCAGCGCGCCCACGGCCCGGAGCGCCCGAACCGCUGCGCCGAGUGCGGGAAGGCCUUCCGCAGCCCCAAGGCCCUGGCGGACCACGGGCGCACGCACCUCGGGGAGCGGCCCUUCCGCUGCGGCCAAUGCGACAAGACCUACUGCGACGCCUCGGGCCUGAGCCGCCACCGCCGCGUGCAUCUGGGCUACCGGCCGCACUGCUGCCCGCGCUGCGGCAAGGCCUUCCGCGACCGCUCCGAGCUCAAGCGCCACCAGCGGAUCCACGGCGCCGCGGGGCCGGCGGGCAGCCAUGCGCCCGCGGCCCGGACCCAGGAGGCCGCGCGCAGGGCCCAGGGCCCGGCAGCUGGGCCGCGGCUGCCCGCCGACAGGAUCCCGGUGCUCGUGGUGAGAGCACGGGCCCCUGCGGCCACGGCGCCGGCACCCCGCGGCCCGAGCACCGGGCCCCGGGCCCCCCUGCAGGAGCAUACGGGGCGCAGGGCCUCCGCCGGCCCUUCCCGCCCCCUGGCCCCGCGCCCCCGGCACCAGGAGCCCCGCCGCGGCCGCUGCGGCCAGUCCUGCCGCUCGGCCCCGGGGCCGCUCCGCCACCAGCAGGCCCAGGGCGCGCCGGGCUACCGCUGCCCCGUCUGCGACCUGUGCUUCGGGGAGCGGGAGGCCCUGGUGGCGCACUGGGGGGGCCCCCGUGGCGAGGGGUUGUGCCGGGCGGUCCUGGGCCGGUGGCUGGGCCUCUCGCCGCGCCCCCCCUGCGGCCGGGAGCGCAGUGGGUCUCCGAGAGGCCGCACCCCCAGGAGGCGGCAGGGGAGGAAGGGAGAAGGGGUGCGGGGGAAGAGAAGCCGCCGGGGCGCGGACAGCCUUGGACGCGAGUAG